CCGCGCUCCGAGUUUGCUGAACAUGUCUGCAUCGUCAUCACACCUGCCUGCAUUUCCCGAGGCUCAGCAGGCUCAAAUAAUUAGGGCGAACCAGAGAGACUUGUUUCACGUGUCAUCGUUGAGGGAGCAGGCAGAGUCGGUCCUGCGAUCGUGGCUUGGUACAAGGUGGCUCACGCGAUGGGACAAAGAGGUCGAGCUAGCCGUGAAACUCAUGUAUUACGGACUAUCCGUUGGUCGAGUCGUUCAGACACUUGGGGAGGAGUAUACAGAUAUCUGGGAAUACUCUUCUGAUGGAAGAGCACCGUCGCAUUCUCUCAGAGCGGCGCUGAUUCUCCUCCCGACGCUUCCCGCGUAUAUUCUUACGCGCUGGGGUUCCCAGAUAGGUGCACUGAGCCCGAGAGUAGAUGAAUUGCUCAAAGCGCUGCAGGUAUGUUUGGAAGUAGCGACGGAGAUCAACCUGGCGGUGUUUUAUCUCCGGGGCACGUACUAUGAUUUAGUGAAGAGGCUGUUAGGGAUACGGCAUUCAUAUUCACUACUUGGCAUACUCAUCGCGAUACGUCUCCUCCAUCGCCUCAUUACAUUUUCGCGCAGUAGGAGUCAAGCGACUUCGGAGAAAUUCUCAGGGAAGCGUUCGCUGGACUCAAUGAAUGAGAUGUUCAUUGACGAUCGACCUGUUUCUACCUUGCUCAAUGUCUCUGCUUCCGAGUCCGAGGUGAAGCCAGCGGAAGAGGACGAGAACACAAUAUUAGAUGUCAUGUCGAUACCACAACACCUACGAGCAGGGAGGUCGUGCACACUUUGUUUAGAUGAACGAACCGAUAGCUGUGCAACCGAGUGUGGGCACCUUUUCUGUUGGGGGUGCAUAGUAGGAUGGGGACGGGAGAAGGCAGAGUGUCCGUUGUGUAGACAAGCACUUAGUCUUACGAGGUUGUUGCCGAUUUACAAUCUAUAAUUUUAUGUUGCGGUCUGUUUUGUUACAUUGCUGG